AUGGCCGCUCUGAGCUCCUCCAAGGACAAGUUCUUUGAAAGGGUAAUCAACUCCUACUUGUCGGAGGUGAUGAAGCACCCUCAAACCAUCGAGAUGCAUGAGGGGGUGCUCUACAUCCGAGAUGUUCAAGGGCCCAAGAGGAUGGAAACCGUGGAGGCCAGGCUCGAAGCCAUGGAGCAGGAGGUCUUCAAGUGCAAGGGUAUGGUGGAGUGUGGACUCAAUGCCAAUCACCUCAUGAUUACGGAUUUCACCCAUGAUCACAAGGUGGAUGGCCGAUCCAUGAAGGACAUCGUCUUCACCCUCAACGAGCAAAUCAAUUUCGUGCAAAGCCAAAUCUAUGAUCUCCAAAAUCAAGUCUUUGAAUAUGAGGCAAGAUUUAAAGGUAGAGGACAAGAAUCAUUGAGUGGAGCUGGAACAAAUAUGCAGGAUGCAAAUGGAGAAUUGUCUUCUCAGCAGUGA